AUGGCAUCGAAACCAAAGCCAUUUUUGAAGAAACGUAGCGGUUUCACUGGACGUUUUGUGGACAAAAUACAUUAUCCUCAUGUGAGACAUAUCAGUGAUAACAAGUCUGCAGAAAAAAACGAAGUCAUGUCAAAUAGUCCAGAAAGGAGUUCAAGUCCGAAUUCGGAAAAGCAACAAGAAAGCAGCCCUCUGAGUAUUAGCGAUUCGGAGCCGAAUACGAUAUCACCGGGAAAUAAAGUUAUGAAUUCAAAUCGGCCAUUCACAGCUGGUACUGUGGACAGCGGUUGCCAAGAAGAUGCUUACUCAGUUAUUCUUAGUCCAGGAUUUGACGUAAAAGACGAUUAUCUAAAAUCAGUUGUCAUAGAUGUUACGGAACCAAGUUGUACUAAUUCAGCUGCUACAUCUGGUCAAAGCAAUUUCAACGUUCCAUCGGUAAUCCAUGAUAUGCCUGAGUUUUCAUCAAUGGAAAUGGAAACAGUUUCAGCAAAAUCAAAAAGUAUCAGCGAAUCUUUUUUUCGAAAAGGAUUAGUGUCUCCCGGUGUUUCUUUAAUGAAUAAUUCAACAGCUGAAUUCGAACGUUUCGAACGUUUUAUUUGUACGCCAAAGCAGUCUCAAAACUCUCAGGAUUCUGAUGGGACUAGCUCCCGACACUGGAAACAAGUUAUCAAAGACUUUGGUGUGGAAGCAAGUAAAAAAUUGGAGAUUAUUCCUCACGAAUCUUUCCCAGCAAGCACGGAAUCCUUGGCAACUACAAACUCUACUAAAACAAUCGACCAAAUCGCAAAAAAGUUCCCAAUUCACAACCACGUCAAAAAAACAUUUCAAAAAAAACCACACAAACAGUUGCAUGCUAUGCGAGAGGCAUUUCCAUCCAUUCUUGAAGAGAAAUCGGGUCAUGGCUUAUACGCAUGUGUUAAGAAAAUUGAGAAUGGUACUGAGAAGCCAAAAACAGAAAAUGCACCACUCUUGCAAAAAUCUGUAGAAAAAAUGUCAACGGAAAAUAAAUCGGUAGAACAGGAAAUACCAAAAAGUACUGGAAUUAGCGUCACAGAACAAAACCUCGCAAAGCAGUUAAGAGAUCUCAUUGCUCACCUCGAUAUUGCUAGCGAAAAUCGUCAUUACGAACAUAAUAGAUUUCAAGAAAUUGUUGGAGAAGUACUGCAAGAAAAUGAGUUCUUUUGUCAACGAAUUGAUGCGCUGAAGAAACGAAUUGCGCAAUUGGAAAAAAAUGAAGAAACUCGAAAAGAAGAUAUUGCUUUAAAAGAAGAAAUCGAUAAGUUGCAAAAAGCUGAUAUUGAGCGCUUAAAAAAGGAAAAUGCAACUCUGAAUCGUCAACAAAAAAAGAAAAGUGGAAAUGAUAGCGACUUCGUAAAUCUGCUCAAGGAACAAAUUACCGAUCUUCGUGCAAUGUUACGAGAUUUUGAGAGGCAACGCAGUGAAUGGAGAACUCAGAUGAGAAAAAAUAGUACACUUUUAAAGGAGAAAACUGAUUUGAUUGAGCAGCUAAAAGAAGAAAAAACUCGUUUGGAGAAACGGCUGAUUAUCGUUUCGAACACCAAAGCAGCCCUUCGAGGCCGUCAGGCAGAAAAUGCUUUCUCUACUCAAGCGAUUGCUCGAGCGUCUCGUAGUGCAGCAGUAACAACUGCAACAAAAAACAAAACUUCUCAAAAUAAUGACCCUGUUGCAAAAAAUGUGGUGCAGAAUAAAAGGAAUAUAUUUAGUGAACUAAAUAAAAACCAAGAAGCGGCAGACGCUGUCAAGAACAAGGACAUAAUUAACGACAAUGAAGAUAUCAAUUUUAUUGGACAAACGGUGGAACCAUCUCGUUUUGAAAAAAAUGUUCGUUGGAACGACCCUUUAACAACGUUGGCUACUUUUACUCCACCAGCUCCCAUCCAUCCCUCUCGGAAUUUAGAAAAUUCUGACAUGGAACUGAUUUUAACCGAAAAUAAUAUGAUUGGAAGAGCAUCGUUGUACCGUAGUGAAAAUGAUUUUACUGUUUAUACUCUGACUCAUUGUGGAUGUAAUUUUUAUGAAUACAGCAAUACGGAUACCCGGUGGAUGCAUUCAAGCAACCUUUAUCAAGUCAAUUAUUUCGGACAGGCGGGAGCGACUACCGUCGAAAUAGCCGAGAAGAAAUUACUUGUUCGACACUUUUUAUCUGGUCAACUUGAGAUAUAUCGAGAAAGUGGAGAAACCAGUUUGGUGACAUCUGCCGGACGUCGUAUAGAAGUUAUGAGACAUAAAUCUGGCGCAGUACGCGUAGAAAUUUAUGAGUUGAAUGGCACAGUUCGUGUCAGAGGUCGUGGAGAGGCAGAAACAUUGCAUCGAGCAACUCAAACUUCAUGUCACCGUAUGGAUGGUUCUUAUGCAUUUCAUAUUCUUAGCGAUGAUUCAAUUGAGUGGCGUUCCCCUGAUUACACGGUGCAUCGAUUUAAAAAUGGUGAUACAAAAGUACGCUUAAAUGCGAUCGAUACAAGUAUUACAAUGCUCGUCAUGGAUGUUGGCACAGUAAAGCAUUUAUCGAACACAGUGGAUAGGAAACUUCCCAAAUAUUGUGUUGAAUGGGGUACCAUUGCAAGAAAAAGAUCAAGAGUCAUUGCAAACAAUCAGUCUCGUGUAUUAAAUCAACUGUGA